UCAAAGGUACAGAUGCUAAAUGGAUCCGUGGCUUCGUAUAACGAGACUUCAGGAGUUUGCUCUAAGCAUGACGUAUCAACAUAUACCAAUUCAGGAGGUGUGUAUAAAUUAGAAGAGGAUACAGCCGGAAGCUCAACUGGGCUGGUCAGCUGCAGUGACGUCACCUGUUCCGGGAUACACGAGAUUACCCCAAACACGGGGUCAACGUUCAUGGUUUAUUGUGAUGUCAACACAACAGGAGGACCCUGGACUGUAAUACAGAACAGGCAAGUCGAUGAUGUAGACUUUAAUCGGAACUGGAACGAAUACAAGAACGGUUUCGGUAAUUUAGAAGGUGACUUUUGGUUAGGAAAUGAAAACAUAUAUCAACUGACGCUGACUCCGUGUAUGUUACGAGUCGAGUUAGAAGACUGGGCAGGUAACAAGAGGUAUGCUGAAUACACAUCCUUCAAAAUUGCGAACGAAGCCAACAACUACAGACUACAAAUUAGUGGAUAUUCUGGGGAUGUUUAUGAUGCAUUUGCGUAUCACGAUGGGAGAGAUUUCUGCACAAUAGGCAGCGACAAUGAUAACGAUGCAUUGGUUGACUGUGCUUUUAUAUCCGAAAGUGGCUGGUGGAUGGACAGGUGUUCCUUUUGUAAUCUCAAUAGCAUUCGAACCCCGAUCCUGCCAUCUGUCGGUAACAAUAGGUUCAUCGAAUGGUAUGAUUACAUACCCGGAGGAUCGUACGAGACUUUAAAAAACACCAAAAUGAUGCUUAGGAAAUGAAUUGUGAAUGGUACAUUGCUUCUAGCCAUUAAAAUUGGUAUGUAGAAUGUUGCCAGCAAAUUGUUGGACAAUCCGGAAAGUGGUGUGGGAAUUUGGUUUGUAACGUUAGAAUAGUGCGUGGUGAUUAUAAUGAGACAUUGUCUAGCCAUCAAACCUUAACUAGUUAUAUUUGAUAUAUUACGGAAAGUGAUACCGGAAUUCGGUUUGUAACGUAAGAAUAGUCCAUCGUGAUUAUUAUGAGACAUUUUCUAGCCAUCAAAUUUUAACUAGUUAGAUAUUCCGGAAAGUGAUACCGGAAUUAGAUUUGUAAUGUUAGAAUAGUCGA